AUUCCUUCUCCUUCUCUUCCUCCUGCUGCUCAGUUGCCGCCGCCGCCGCCGCCGCGGAGCCCUAAAGCCGUCCUCUGCAGGAGGAUGAUGCGUCUAGCGGCCGAGCUGCUGCUCCUGCUGGGGCUCCUCCUGCUUACCUUGCACAUCACGGUGCUGCGAGGCAGCGAUCCCGGAGCGCCGCCGGGCAACCACAGCCAGCGUCAGCAGGAAAUCCUCCGCACAGAGAGCCUCUCAUCUCUUGAAAGCAGCUUCACAUUAGAUCCAGAAGAUGGACAGAAUUAUCCUGGUCACCAAGCAGCACACCGGUCAUUGGCCAAGCAGCGAUUCAGGCAGCAGAAUGGGCAUACAUCCUUGCAAAGAGAUGGACCCAGGUCUUUCCUCUUCGAUCUUCCAAAUUUUCCCGACUUUUCAAAAGCGGAUAUCAAUGGGCAAAACCCUAACAUCCAGGUCACUAUAGAGGUUGUUGACGGAACAGAGUCUGAAUCGGAGAAAGGUCUUCAAAGAGAAAGCAGCAAAACCAGCUGGCCUGUCCCAUCCCCAAACUGGAGAAACUGGUGGCAAAGAUCCGCGCCUUCCAUCACUCGCAUGAGUAGUGGUGACCAGGAUUACAAAUACGACAGCACGACUGAAGACAGCAACUUCCUAAACCCCUUGAAUGGCGGAUGGGAGAGGCAUCCAUCAAGUCAUCGGAUGUUUGAAUCAAAGGAGCAGCCUGAAUAUGAUUACAUAGAGGGAGAAGGAGACUGGAGUCUGUGGUCAGUUUGUAGUAUAACCUGUGGAAGUGGCAAUCAAAAACGCACCAGGACCUGUGGAUACGCCUGCACAGCCACUGAAUCGAGGACAUGUGACCGACCAAACUGCCCAGGUCUUGAGGACACAUUCAGAACAGCAGCCACAGAAGUGAGCUUACUUGCAGGAAGUGAAGAAUUCAAUGCCACAAAGCUCUUUGAAGUUGAUACGGAUAGCUGUGAAAGGUGGAUGAGUUGCAAAAGUGAAUUCUUAAAGAAGUACAUGCACAAAGUAGUCAACGAUCUUCCCGCUUGUCCUUGCACAUAUCCCACCGAAGUAGCUUAUAGCACUGCAGAGAUCUACGACCGUCUGAAAAGGAAGAACUUUCGCUGGAAAGAUGCAAGCGGGCCGAAAGAAAAACUGGAGAUCUAUAAGCCCAGUGCCCGCUACUGCAUCCGGUCCAUGCUGUCCUUGCAGAGUACCACCUUGGCAGCACAGCACUGCUGCUAUGACGACAGCAUGCAGCUGAUUACCCGAGGGAAAGGGGCUGGCACCCCCAACCUGAUCAGCAUCGAGUUCUCUGCAGAACUUCAUUACAAAGUGGAUAUUUUGCCCUGGAUCGUUUGCAAAGGAGACUGGAGUAGGUACAAUGAAGCCCGGCCACCUAACAACGGUCAGAAAUGUACAGAAAAUCCUUCGGACGAGGACUAUUACAAACAAUUUCAGGAAGCAAGAGAGUACUGAAAACGAGCGUGGGAGGAGCCGAUUUCUUUGAAAACUUCAGAAAGAUGAGUGGCGGUGAAGAGGACACUCCAGUGAAUGAACUUUUGAAAAUGGGGUUUGUCUCCCCACUUUCUGUACAUAGUUGUACAAAAUAUACAUUUUUUCUAAAGUAUUUUAUUUAUGUUUACAUGUAGAUAUGGCAUAUAGUCCCCCUCACCUUUGUACACAGACAUGAGAGUGUCUCAACAAACCUUUAUAAAGUGAUACUCCAUUCAGAUGAAUUUACGCUCAUAUACUCCCAUAGAGACUACAUUACCUGUAGUUAAAAGUGAGUAUCGUUGGAUUUCACAUGAACAUUGCUUCUCAAUGCCUCAGCCAUUCAGAAUAAAUGCUUGCUAUUAGAAAGAUCAGCAUAUAUAUUGAAAUUACCUCUUAGUAUUGAAAUGGGGUUUUUAGGAAUGCAUUUGAGGAGAAUGUUUUGGCUCACUUAAGAAAAUAGUGACCGGAUUCAUUGCAGAUGUGAUGAAAGUUAACUCCAAGUCAAAUUAUGCCUUUGCUUUGCAUCAAAAGGCCGAAACUUGUGGCUGACUUUCAGAGAAAUCCUGGGCUGGAGCAUCUUGACAUUAGAGGCUUUUGACUAUUCCAAAGUCCUCCCAACAACAGCAUGAGAUUAGCAGGACCAAGAUCUGAAAGGAGUAGCUGUUAACUGCUACUAGUAUUAUUAUUAUUAUUAUUUUGUUCCUAUCUAUUGGAAGCACUGGGAGGAAGAAGGCGUGUUUGUAGAGCUGUGUAAUUUUGCUUCAUGAUUGUAAAGAGGCAGGAUGAGGACUGAAAGCAUCGUGGACCCUUUGUAUUCUCAGCCCCUGCCAGCCUGCUGCCACACACCUUUUUCCCGUGUGGUUUUCUGACAUUGGAAACAACAGAGAGGUUGGGGGAGUGAUGGAAACGAGGAUCCAGUGUCAAACUACCCACUCUGACAUUACAAUACUGUCUCUGAGCCUGGAGCCAAGGAAAGGAACAAGUCCUCCCCUCUCUUCUCCAUUCAGUCCAAACAAUGACAGUUUAAUAAACCCCUACAGUCUACCUGACACAGGGCUCCCUUAUCCUGCCAAAAGCAUAUGUGUGCCUAUCAGAUAGGAUUGCGAAGUCAAGGAGCAGCAGAAAUUUUAAAAAAACAUUUUUUAAAAUACAAAUGUGUUCAUUAAGUGAUCUCUUUAGAGAUAGAUAUGGAUAAACACCACACACACAAAUGUGUUUAGACCUAUUUAAGGGCAGAAGGCAGAAGACUGUUAUUUGAGAAGCAGGUAGAUGCAUUCAUAAGCAACGGUUUUAAGGAAGCCCCAGAGUGUGGAACAAAAUUGUGGUUCACAUCCAAAGGAUCUGGAAUAGCAGUACACCGCAAAUCUGACUAGCGAAUUGGGAAAGCAUCAAAGGGGUUUCGGCCUCCAAAAGUAUUUGGUGAAAAGAUGACGUGUCAUUUUAUGGCUGAUAGGGCUUGUUUCCUCCACCCUAACUGCUCACAAAUAAACAGUUUCUGUGUUCAUCCUCUGAUUUGGGAUCUGUGUACAUGAUAAUCAUCCCCUCUAUUAAAGGUGCUUUAAAUUCCUCUUUGCUAGCAGUGCAGAGACAUGUUCUCUAUGCCACUGCAAUGUAGGCCAGCAAAGCUGAGUUCAGUAGAUACAAAUUGUACCGCUGGCAAUGGGAUUUAAAUGGCAUUCUGAUGCAUUCAUAGAUCUAGUAUUU